AUGACAUCACAAGCCUCGCGCCGGUUCCACGAAGCCGGUGUAGGAUCACGAACCGGUCUACGGCUUUCCGCCGUCGCGCGAGAUCAAGAUGGUUUCGAGGAUCUCGAAGCCUUCUACAAGGCGAGUCAGGCCGCCCUCGACAUCCAGAAGCAACAACAGCCCGACGACGAUGGAGCGGAAGAUGAGGAUGACUACGACUCUUUCGACGAGACGCGCUUCAGUCGACGACCUGCACAUGGCGGUGCCAACGGCCGCAAUCGUCAAGUUGCAUCGAGUAGCAGUAUGAUGGAUAUUCAAAACAGUUCGGCACCUUCGCCGAGAUCGAUGCUGCGUUCAAUCAGAGAUUCAACAGCCGCGGGGUCGAGUAGCUCUCCAUCUCGCGGAGGACGAGUGCGUGGGAACAUCACACUAGCCGACGACGACGAUGAUCUUGACCUGCCGAAUCUGUCAACCGGUUCGAGAAGCUUUGACCUCGUAGCUAUGGGCGGGGAGGACGAAGAUGAGCACGAUCGCGUCUUGCGUGCGCCUCCAACACCAAAGCGUGGCUUGUCCGCGCGGAAAGGCGGAGCGACAUCAUCACCGAAAGCAAAGGGAAAGGGCAAAGAACCGGUCAACGCACGCAGGGUGGAGCUCUCGGACUCAGAGGACGACCGGAUCCUCGCCAGUAUCCAACAACGACUCGAGUCGGCGUACGAUGACGAGGAUGACCAGGCUGCUAUGAGCGAGGAAGAGAUCGUUCCGGUGAAGCCCUCGCCGAUUCGGGCAAACCCAACAGCUUCUGCAGUGCAGCCGAGAUCACCAAAUCGACCGACGAAGUCACACGGGAAAGCAGCAGCGUCGCCUAAGCGCAAACCUGGACGGCCGCCAAAGAGUCGUGCUGUGGAGCCAGAGCCAGAUCCAGAACCUGCCUUCGGGCUCUAUUACGACGAGCCAGAAUCAGCCUUCUAUCCCGAGCAAUCCCUAUCGCCGCCACCUCCUCCCGCGGCUGCACAGCCACCGAAGCGCAAAAGAGGGAGACCGCCGAAGAAUCCACAGCCUGAAGAACGCGAUGCAUCACAUCGUCCGUUACAGAAAUCGAAGGGUGCGAGCAACGGAGUUGGGCGACCAGCGAAAGCGGCCAAGUCGAAACGAGCAGCAGGGGAAGUGGUGGAGAAGGUGCGGUCUCAACCUCGCGAGGCUACCGUCUUUGACGAGAACGGCGUGCGCCGAAGCACACGGCAACGCUUCGCACCGCUCGAAUACUGGCGUGGCGAACGCAUUCGAUACGGUCGUCCCAGUCUGCCAAUCGGAACGACUCCGGACGAUCUUCGCGGCUCGCAGCGUCGGGGAGAGGACGAGUUUGAAGAGGAUCCUUCCAUGAUGCACAUGCGCAAGCGUGUACCCGUGCUGGACAUCAAGGAAGUAAUUCGCGUACCGCGCGCACCUGGCGAAGGCACUUUCUCGGGCACAACACGGUCGCGUAACGCUGCACGUCGCAAGGUCGAUCGCAAGAGCGAAGAGCGCACACCACGUCUGACCUCGCAAACGCCUGUCUCGGAAGAUGAAUGGUCGCAUCUCGAUCCCACCGCCGACACGAUCCACGUCGAAGACGGGUGGGACGACAGGACCGUCGAAACUGGUAAAGUGAUCGACGACGAAGAGGAGGCCGAAGUCGAAAUGUCGGUCGUACGAACAAAGGCGACGCAUCGACCCGUGACAGUUGCCAACCAAGAGUUUCGUUUCGAGAAGUUCUUCAAUUGCGGUGGGCUUAUGGCUACGGGUGUGUUGCACCUGCCGCCUGGAGCACGAAAGCCGACGAAACCGAGCAAGGACAACAGCUUUGUGUUUUGCGUCUUGCAAGGAGCCCUUAGGGCGACGGUGCACAGGAAGAGUUUCAUCGUCGGGCCAGAGGGGAUCUUCCAGGUACCGGCGGGGAACACGUACUCGCUCGAGAAUAUUUGUCAGAGAGACGUGCAUCUGUUCUUCGCACAGUGCAGGAAGACCAAGAAGGCGAAUGCGGGGGAUCUGACGACGUUUACGCAGAUGUCGGAUACGAGCUAUGGGACGCCUCAAUUGCACAGGCCAAAGGAUGAUCAACGCGCAGAAGGCAGAUUGGGAAGCGUGUUAGGUAGGACGACGGAGCAGAUGGUACCGCAUCGCUCGAUGUUGGCACAGGACAGCGAUGCGGAGGAUAGCGAAGAGGACGAUUUCGAGACUAGCCGACAGAUCAAGUCUAAGAAGCGCGUGUUUCGGAAGGUAUAG